UCGACCUUGCGCAUUACACGUCAUUCUUCAUUGUGUUGAAUGGUCAUACAACCCGGCCACUGAGCUGAAACAGUUGGGAACAGCCUUUAGAUAGAGGGAUAUUGCGUAGCUAGGCCCUCCUUCGCAAGACGUGGCCCUAUGAAAGGCUAUCCAGACGUAUUAUCGAAAAAGACCGGUGGUAGAAUGAGGUCAAGUUGCAGGCAUGCUCUUUUCAAGAUGGGCGGACCGGUGAUCCUUUCAUAGUGGCGUUCAGACAUUCCUCUGAACGAUUCAACCUCUUUCAUAGUUCCUCCUACCAUAGUACUAACAGAAGCUUUAUAUACAUGAGCCUUUCCAGCGUUAGGGAACUAUAACGCGAUAGAGAUGAGCACAUCUCUGGACAUCUUGCUUGUUGCAACAUGCUGGACGCACGUCCUCCUAGCACCAUACACCAAAGUGGAGGAAAGCUUCAACCUCCAUGCUACCCAUGACGUGUUAACGUAUGGGAUAGGUGCCGACGCACUCCAAUAUUAUGAUCAUUUCAUCUUCCCUGGCGCAGUCCCAAGGACUUUCAUUGGAAGCGUCUUACUGGCUUGGAUAUCGACGCCAGCAAUUUAUGUCGCCAAGUAUUACGGCUCGAUACAGUCAAAGACUGAUCUUCAAAUAGUUGCUCGUCUGGUACUGGCGACACUCAACGCAGUAGCAGUCUGCUUAAUCAGGCGCGCCACUGCACGCCGCUAUGGUGGACCCGCUGGUGUACUGUAUACCUUUUUCACAUGUAGUCAAUUCCAUCUGCCAUUUUGGGUGGGGAGGACUCUACCGAACAUGUUUGCACUGUUGCCCGUGAAUAUUGCAUCCUACUUGCUGUUGAACAGAGCUCCUAAUUCUCAACGGUUCCCUUCCCGCGAUGUGAACCGUGCCAUAGGUUUACUCGUGUCUACUGCAGUCAUUUUCCGAUCAGAAAUUGCGUUGCUUCUUGCCCCGGUGUUGCUUCAAUCGUGGCUAUCUGGUGCCACUAAUCUCCGGAAUAUCUUCAAAGUCGGUUUGUUAUCCGGAUUGAGCUCUAUUGUCUUGACAGUGCUAGUGGAUUCCUAUUUCUGGCAGAAAUGGCCUCUCUGGCCAGAGUUACAUGGAGUAUAUUUCAACGUCGUUGAGGGUAAAAGUGCAGAAUGGGGUAUCUCACCAUUCCACACAUAUUUCAGCUCUUUCCUUCCCAAAUUGCUAUUGUCCAGCUUUCCUCUUGCCCUUGUCGGCCUACUCAUCGACUCCCGUAUCCGUUCCUUGCUCUUUCCUCCAAUUGCCUUCAUAGCGGCACUUAGUGCAUUAGGUCAUAAAGAGUGGCGCUUCAUAGUCUAUGUCGUACCGCUGUUCAACGUUGCCGCGGCAAGAGCAGCUACGUGGUUAAUAUCCCGCAGGAAAGGUUCUCUUUUCGGGCGAUUGUGCUUUCUUGCGGUGGCCGGCCUUUUGGUUUGCAACUUCUUGGUCACAUACAUGUUGACGGUUACGUCGAUAGCCAACUAUCCAGGCGGAGAGGCUCUUACGAGAUUCAAUGAACUGUACGCUGAACGCGAGAACGUUCAUGUCCAUAUAUCCAAUCUGGCCGCACAAACAGGUGUUUCUCUAUUCCUUCAAACUCAUGCACCACCAUAUCCCUCUCAAAUCGGCAUCAAACCUCCUCCUAAGAGCUAUAACUGGGUCUACAACAAGACCGAGAACCUCACUCCGCAGGAUAUCACUAAUGGACGCCACUUCACACAUGCCAUUGUAGAAGUCGGCCCUGAUGUGUCGACGUUCUCCAUGCGAGAGUGGGAUGUUGUGGACACGAUUCAAGCAUUUGAGCGAUGGAUACCCAAUAUGGAGUUAUUGAAUGGAGGAAAAGUCUGGGAACCGUUCCGGAUGGUCAAGAAGGAUAAACUGGUCAUCUUGGAGCGGAAAUAGACAUAGUCGAUGAAUGAUGCACGAUGCUUCGCGAUUUGAAUGUAUCUAUUAUUGCAGUGGAUAUCCAGUAAAAUACAUUAUGCUCUUG